CAAAAACAAAACAAAUUUCACUCUAAUUGUCACACAGAAAAUCGAAUGAAAUAAUUUUCUUUCCUGCAAAAUUCUUCGUGAAAUCCAUGUCAUUGUAAUAUACUUCAUAAAAAUACGGAAGAAAAUGGCCGAAAAAGUGGAGAAUAAUUGGUUUGGGUCUUGGUUAAAUGCUGCCAAAAAUAAAGGCUCUGAAGUUCUGGAAUUCGUAAAAAAAGACUUGGAAGAAUUCGGAUCAGCCGUGAAAAGCGAAGCCACAAAUGUAGUUUCCUCUACAGGGGCCGUUUUAGAGAAAACCUUGAGUCUGGAUUCCCAGUCGUCCGCGGCCAGCAGCAUGAAGAGGAGCUUCAGCUCAUUCCUCGGUCAAAUGAACACAAUUCUGAACCCAAGCCCAGACGAUUCUGAUACGGAAAUCCUGAUAGUAGAAAACUCUGAAACUAAAACUUUAAAUGAAUUCCAAAAAUGCCUGUACAAUCUCCAGAACGAUCCCGGUACGUUCCUGGAAGACCCGGAUGAGAGUUUAUCAGGGCAAUACAAAUGCUGGUUGGAAAUCAUGGAGGAUAGAUUGAGCGAAGAAAGGAUAGGAAAAUGCGUAAAUAGUUCUGAGAUUUUGAGGAAUCAGUACGAUAAACUUGUGCCUGGGGAUGUUGAACACGAUGUGUUUUGGAAAAGGUAUUUAUUCAAGAAAGCUCUGCUAGAAGACGAACUGGCCAGACGGGAGGCCAUGGAAAAAAGAGAACAGAAGGAAAAACUUCAGAAGGAAGAAAACUUGAAAUGGGAACAAGAAGAUUUCUCGACCGAUAUAGAACUAACAGAAGAGCAGCAAAUAAAAUUACUAGAACAAUACGAAAUGGAAAGGAAAACUAACAACAAAACGGACAAGAAAUCUCCCGAAAAACUUCCCAAAUCUACCAAGAAACAGUCAAAAAAUGUAGAGAAAAAUGUAGAAAAAUUGCCGAAAAACGAGUCGAACGCGAGCUUGCGCAGCACACCGAGCACGAGCGGCAGCAGCUCCGACGGCGAUUGGGAGAAAAUCGGCGAGGAAAAGUGAUAGAAAACCCUCCGGAAAAGCGAGGAAACCUUACAGAAUAUUCUCUUUAGAAAACGUCUUUGAUUAGGUUACGAAACUUUGUUGAUUAUUUUUGUGAGUGUCCGAAAUUUUCUCGAUUUUCCUAAUGAUAAAUACAGCUGGAUUCGUUACGAUUACUUAGAGUUUUUGUAUAACGUAUUUACUGGCUUUUCAACGUACUUUUACAGCUAUGGAUAAUGGAUAUCUUUAAAAAAAACGUUCAACUUGAAAUUACCUAAUAAAAAAUAACGUAGUAAAAAAGUCAUAUUGUUAUUUAUUUUACUCUUGUAUGUAUUUAGGAAGAAUUUCGCUCGGUAUUGAAUUUUUUUUUAAUAUGAUUUGAAAAUUUUAUACCCGAUUCUUAUUAUUAUGUACAAUAUGCUAUAUUUUAUAAAAAUGU